CAUUUGAAAGUGCACCACAAUGAUUUUUCUACUUCGAGGACUUUUAGGUUAUGAGGUUUAAUGCCCCUACCUCUCCUCCUCUUCCUCCUCCCCCCUCCCUUUUGGUCCUCCCCCCUAGUCUCCCCUCAUAAGUAAUGUUCCUGCGCAUUCUCUGCACAUGCAGCACACAAAGAGAAGGAUGGAAAAGUCAGCCUUGAUCUUCAUCGUCCUCCUAGCGGGAACGUUUUGGGCGAGCGCAGACUUCGACAACACGACCGAGACCGCUGCCUCCGAGACAAACACCACCAACACCUUCAGCCCGACGGCAACCCUAGAGUUGAAGUCAACGGCGAGCUGGGCACCAACGCCGUCGCAUCCCAGCAGAAUUCCAAAGAAGGAAGAAGCUAAUCAAAAGGACAAACUUGAAAUGGGCUGUCCUCCCCUGGGUCUGGAGUCCCUCAGGGUGGACGACACCCAAAUCCAGGCGUCCUCCUUCCAGAGAUUUGGUCUUGGUCCUCACAGGGGGAGGCUAAACAUCCAGUCAGGCAUUGAUGACGGUGACCUGUACGACGGCGCUUGGUGUGCUGACUACCGGGAUCAGCACCAGUGGCUGGAGGUGGACGCCCUGCACCUAACCCGCUUUACCGGAGUCAUCCUGCAGGGACGCAACUCUAUCUGGAGAGAAGAUUGGGUCACGAGCUACAAAGUGCAGCUAAGCAACGACUCCAUCACCUGGAAAAGUAGCAUGAACGCAACGCAAGAAGCGGUUUUUGAAGGCAACAUGGACAGCGAGACUCCGGUGCUGGCCUUGUUUCCCGUCCCGAUGGUUGCGCGGUACAUCCGCAUCAACCCGCAGAGUUGGUACCCCGACGGAGACGUCUGCCUUCGAGCCGAGAUACUUGGGUGUCGGGUUCACGAGCCGCAGGAUGGCUUUUCACAAGAGGGCGGAACAAAGGACAAUCUAGAUUUCCGCCACCACAACUACCAGGAGAUGAGAAAGCUGAUGAAGUCGGUGGCGGAAGAGUGUCCCGACAUCACGCGGAUUUACACCAUUGGGAAAAGCUACAUGGGCCUCAAGCUCUAUGUCAUGGAGAUCUCAGAUAACCCCGGGAAGCACGAACUCGGCGAGCCGGAGUUCCGCUACGUGGCCAACAUGCACGGAAAUGAAGUCCUGGGUCGUGAGUUGGUCCUCAACCUGAUGCAGUAUCUGUGCCGCGAGUACAAGCGAGGCAACCAGCGCGUGGUCCGGCUUGUUACCGACACCCGCAUUCACCUCUUUCCCUCCAUGAACCCGGACGGCUACGAAAUGGCUUACAAGAAGGGCUCCGAGCUGGCCGGCUGGGGCGAGGGACGCUACACCUAUGAAUGGAUCGACCUGAAUCACAACUUUCCGGAUCUGAACACCAUCCUGUGGGAUGCUCAGUAUAUGUCCAGGGACCCGUCCAAAGUGCCCAACCACUACAUUCCCAUUCCGGAAUACUACACUAAAGAAGAUGCCUUGGUGGCCCCGGAAACCCGCGCCGUGAUCAGCUGGAUGCAGGACAUCCCAUUUGUGCUGGGCGCCAACCUGCACGGGGGCGAGCUGGUGGUGACGUACCCGUACGACGGCACCGAGAACUGGGCCCCGCAGGCACACACGCCCACCCCGGACAACUCCUUCUUCCGCUGGGUGGCCACCGUCUACGCCUCCACCAACCGGGCCAUGGCCAACCCAGAGCGCCGCCUGUGCCACAACGAGGACUUCCAGGUCUACAACAACAUCAUCAACGGCGGAGCCUGGCACCACGUGGCCGGAAGCAUGAACGAUUUCAGCUACUUGCACACCAAUUGCUUUGAGGUGACGGUGGAGCUUUCCUGUGACAAGUUUCCUCACGCCAGCGAGCUUCCCGUCGAGUGGGAGAACAACAAGGAGUCGCUCCUCCUCUUCAUGGAGCAGGUGCAUCGUGGCCUGAAAGGUGUGGUGCGGGACAAGGAGAGCAAAAAAGGAAUCGAGGACGCCGUGAUCAAGGUGGAGGACCACGGACACGACAUCCGAACAGCCGCUGACGGAGACUACUGGCGCCUGCUGAACCCGGGCGACUACAAGGUGGUGGCGUGGGCCGAGGGCUACUUCCCGGCCGUGCGGCACUGCCAUGUAGGCAUGGAGCCCCGUGCCACCAUCUGCGACUUCAACCUGACGCAGACGCCUGUGGAGCGCCUCAAGGAGAUCCGCGCCAAGGGCGGCAAGAUCCCGCAGGACUUGCAGCUGCGCCUGCGGGCCCUGCGCCUGCGCAAGCUGCGCGCGAGCACCAAGGCCAUCAACCAACGGCGGGAAGGUCAAAGGAUGCAGCGAGAGCAGGCUGCCCGCAAGGCGCGAUCCUCCUCCUUGACUUUAUGAAGACGAGGGAUUGACACGCACAGUCGCUUCGCCUCGCUGUCGGACACAACAUUAGGUACGUCUGCCACUGCCACUCCAAGAGGAAGCUUGUAGAGGUUCUCACUUGAUUGUGCUGUCCAAAAGUAAAAUAAUUCGGGGGGAUAAGGAGUGUUAGAGCCACAUUAGUGGGACUGUAUUUUCUAUACUGUGAUUUAAAGCGGAGUGAAGCAAAUUAUUUUUUUUUGCAAGAUUGCGUGUGGCCCUAAAUGUCCUUUUGAACUGUGACAAAAGUUGUUUAAAAAAAAAAAAAAAACACUCAGCAAGUGUCAGCUGGUCUGAUGUAGAACGACUUUACUUUGACUCAAGUCCAACAAGACUACACUGUCUCAAAAAAUAAUUUUAAUAAAAAUUCCUUCUACUGCG